AUUGAUCUGAAGAAAAUCAUGAAGUUCUGGAGAAACAAGGGGAAAGAGAGGAGGAAGCAGUGGUUCUUAGACAACGGAAGCACAUUUCUCAAAGAGCUCAUUGCUGGAUGCAACGGUAGCAUCGAAGAUAGAUCUUACAUGAUCAAGAUGUUUCCUGAGGAGAAAGUCAGAGGAGAUGGAGAUGGAAUUGGAGCUGUUUACAACGACAUUGUCAUAUCUGCUCGUGUUACCAAUCAUAGUAAUUUCCUCAAGCUCUUAGGAUGCUGUCUCGAGUUCCCCUUCCCGGUACUGGUGUUUGAACACGCAGAAAACGGAGCUCUAGGCCACCAAGGAGGUAUUGGUUCGAAGGAUUCAGAGUUCUUGCCUUGGGAUGUAAGACUGAAGGUGGCAAAGGAGAUCGCCAAUGCGGUUACUUAUCUUCACACCCCAGGAUCAUUGUACAUAGAAAUGUAACUCCCAUGAAUGUUUUCUUGGACGAAAAUUGGACAGCUAAGCUGUCAGAUUUCUCACUUGCUCUAACUCUUCCGGAGGGGAAAUCCCAAAUGGAAGAUCAAGUGAUGGGAUGGCCCGGAUACUUGGAUCCUUCGUAUCUUCAUACAAAUAUCGUCACGGAGUAUGUUGAUGUAUAUAGCUUUGGAAUCUUUAUGAUGGUUCUUCUGAUUGCAAGACAUAGUAUGGCUCCUCGAUCUGAUAUGCGCUUCAUUGAUAUCCGUACCUAUGUAAGAGGCUUACAAGAGAAAGGCGAGUUUAUCGAGACCAUAUUCAAGGUUGGAGUGAGAGAUAUUGUGGAGGCUAAAAGAUGUCAGGUGGACAAGUUUGUUGACCUAACGUUCAGAUGCUGCGAGAAGAGUGUGGAGAAGAGACCGAAGAUGAUCGAUGUUGCCAAGGAGCUUAAACGGAUAGAGAGAUCACUAGAUGAUACACCUGCUGGUCCGAGGUAAACAAGACUAUAUAGAUCCGUUUUGGUUCCUGAAAUAUGCAUAAACUCUUGGGAGAAAAACUUGAGGCAAAUUCCAAGAACGUGAAGAGGUUAUUGACGUAUUGUAAUCAGUAUCUAGUGAACAAAUUAUGACAAUGCUUGUUUUAUUAAUAAAUAAUCACAAUGUGAACGAUUGUUAGUCUUAAAUGAAAAGUUUGUUAAAAUGCA